AUGGGUGCAAAUGGUGUAGAGGAGGCGAUUUGCAACAUGAGAUUUAGACAGAACAUUGAAAAACCGAAGCAUGCUGAUUUCUACAGUCCAUAUGGAGGACGCGUCACCAUCCUCAAUAGUCAAAACCUCCCAAUUCUCCAGACCCUCCAACUCAGUGCUGAGAGAGGAACUCUCUACCAGAAUGCUAUGUUGACCCCUCACUGGAACAUCAAUGCACACGAAAUCAUCUAUGUUCUUAGUGGAGAUGCUCGGGUUCAAGUUGUUGAUAACUCUGGACAAACAGUCUACAAUGGCCAGCUUCGUCGUGAUCAACUCUUGAUCCUUCCACAGAACUUUGCCAUAGCUAUACAAGCUGGAGAGAAUGGCUUCGAAUGGGUAUCAUUCAAGACUAGUGAUAAUGCAAUGGUAAGCACUCUUGCCGGGAGAAAUUCAGUCAUUCGUGCCAUGCCUGAAGAGGUGCUCACCAACUCAUACCAGAUUUCCAGAGAGGAAGGUAUGAGGUUGAAGUUCAAUAGACAGGAAGCACGGGUCUUGUCUUCAAGGUCUAGUUCGGCUAAUUUGAUGGUGUUGGAUAAGAGAAUCUGCAUGAAUGAUGAAAAUUUGGAGAUGUAUGUAUGCUUGAAAGAUUGGAUAGAUGAUGAAAAUUAUCUAAUUCUUGCUAAUAACUUUACCAGACUUUUGGUGGUAGGAUCCAACACCUUUCUGACCAUGUUAUUGUUUGGUUUCUUAAAGGAUGGGGAGGCAAUGACCAAGUUCUCAAAAGUAGAUUUCCAAGUGAGAGUGGGAGGGAAAUGUGGGAGGGAGAGAGAAAGUUUGCUUCAUACCUAUCUAGUAGGUGAAUUUGAAGGCUCUCAACCCAAUGCCUCAGAGGAUAGCAGUUGUGUUUCCAAGGUGUGGAAGGAUGAAAGUGAUGUUGCGGUAAGGGCAUUGGCUAGCAGCCAAUUCCUUUUUAUGUUUGCAUAUGAAAUGGAGUUCGAGAAUGGAUAG